AUGCUGCAGCCGAAAGCAAGACACGCGUUCGGACCAUCCAAAUAUCGCCUGGCCAAUCAUGGCACGUCCGUUGUAGCACGGCAGGGCGCCGGCUGCAUCGUUGCGCAAUGGAGCGAAGCUACCUGUGCUGCUGAAGACAUGAGCUUCCCGUUUGGCCCUGGCCGGGUAUGCCAUCCGUUCAACUUCAACAGGUUUGAUAUUCGACAUGAGUCGUGCGAGGGGCUCUAUGCACAAAGAGCGAUACUGCACCCAGGCUGGUGGCUGCAGUUAGGCGUGCUGAGCAAGUUGGCAGCAGAAGUGCAGAACUGCUCCUCUGUACAGUCUUGCGGUCUUGGAAAGCUCUUUCUCUUCACGGGUGCCUUAACAUCGCCUGGGUACGAUUUGAAAGCAACUGUUGACCGGGUCGUGUUCAGUUACCAUUCCAGGCUUGAGGAAAAAGUAAGAUCGCUGCAACGGAAGCACAUAUUGGCCGUGCUGCAUCAGCACCGCUCCUUCCUGGCCAAGGCCUCUGCCCUGUCAGAGUCUCAAGUUGUUUUGCGCAGCCAAGAUUUCACAAUAGGUGUCCAUGCGGACCAGCAGAGUGCUUCUGGUGUGUGGGGUGGACAGAUCCGGGCCUGGCAGGCUUUUGCUGAAACCCAAGCACACGGUUUCCUACUCGACCAGGAGUGCCACUUCACCGGAACUGUUUUUGCAAGGUUUUUGGACUUGUACUGGGCCAGCUCUUCGGAGAAAGAUGGCGAGUUUUGGCUCGACUACGGGUACUUGAUCCCACAGGAUGCUCGCAAAAGAGUUCCCUCGGAAUCCUUCGCAUGGUCUCAUAUUGAUGAGGUGCUCUUGAAGAAGCUGGUGAUUUUCACCCAGCCGCCUGGCUACUGGGAUUCCCUGGAGGCUCUGGCGCAAGCUGUGCCAAAAAGUCCCUGGACCGUGUGGGUGGACUUUGACUUGACCAUCUCGCCUUGUUGCUUCGACAGUUUCUCCUUCACGCAUCUGAUUGUGCGCCAGAGCAGCGGUGACCUGCCACACGUUGUCUUCCGCGAUUCCCCCCGGGAGGAUUAUCACCACCACUGCGCAAAUGCGGGCUUCAUCGUGGUCCGCAACUCUUCCGUGGGGCGGCUUUUCGUGGAGCUUGCAAGGGAAAAACGGCGCUGGCCUCGGCUUCCGUACGGUUACCAGGCGGCCGUGGCCGAGUCCUUACUGGAACUCCUGGGCAUCGAGGCUGCGGUUCUCCGGGGUGGUCCUCCCAGCUAUUCGUCUCAGUGCUUACCUCAUCUUGUGCUGGGAAAGCCCCUGGGUGACACAAGCUACGCAAACUAUUGCAUGUGCUGGCGUCAACAGCUGGAUCGGCUAGUGGGUGAAGGACGUGAUGGGAGUCGCUGGGUCCAGUUCCUACGCCCCAGGGAGGGUCCUGAAGUGGGCCUCCUCCUCGCGAGCUUGUUUCUGUAUCGGGGGAGAUACGUCGAGGCUUGGGUGCCUCCCGAGUUCAAAUACGGAGGACCCUGCGCACUUCUGCCCCUUGUACUGCACUGGGCGUCGCUGCCCCACAGGCCGGCGCUGAUCUACGAAUUCUUGAGCUCUCGGUUCCCGAACUCCAUGCCCUUGGACAUUCUCGUGAACGGCACAGCGCAGGAACUGGCAAUUGUUUAUCGAGCUGCGGCACAAGAAGGUCGAGCAAGUUGGCAUUCGUUUCUAAAACGCCAUGCCAACAUCGCAGACUCCUGGCGGAUGGCCUCAGAACACCAUGGACCCAUUCACAAGAAGCUUGACGAUGCUGCCUGCAAUCUGGGCUCGUGGCGCUUGUGGCUGUUCGGGGGCUACACAGACUCCACUCGUUCAACUGAUUUGGCAUGUUUUGCCUGCACGACUGCUUCGGAUGCUCGGUCUCGCAGCCCCAUUUAUUUGACAAUGUUGAGCUGGAUACUCUUUAGAUUCAUUUCGAUCUUCGUCAUCGGAUUCGGCGACCAAGCAGACCGCACGACGAACUUCCGUGCAACAUUGCAAGUCAUCGCCGAUGAGGAUUCGAAAGGCUCGGCAAUAAUUCUUUCUGUUUCAAGCGGAUGGUCAGCUCCGGCUGUGGCAAAUUGGCAAUUAUGCUUUACCUGGCUGAAGGCUGUUGUGCUGCGACAGCCGCAAGAUGCAUUGGUCAGUGGCAGCUAUGUCUGUCUUCCGAGACAUGAGCCACUGGAACCAGGGGGCGUUCAUGCUUUCGUGAUCGAGAUCGGGGCCCCCGCGAUGCGAUACGUUUCUGACUUGCCGAGAGCCUUGCACAUCGUGAUGCGGGAGGAGUCUUUCGAGGCAGAGGCAGUGUUCGAAGUCGAGUUGAUCACACCUGGAGAAGCACAAGUUCGCUUGUCCUCGGAUGCUACCAGCCCUCCCACAUUCUCGGGUGUCCCACAGCCUCAAUCGGUCACAAGGUUGCCAGGACCAGGAUUUGACUUAAUGGCUGGGUUGCAGCCCCCGCUCAAGAUUCAGUCUGAUGAGGAAGCUCGCGGCGCAGCUGCGCUCCUUCACAGAUGGCUGCUCAACUGGCCGCCAGGUGCGCCGUUCGGGGUUCCAGAUGGAGUCGCUGCACGGGAGACUCGGAAUCUGUCGCUGACACUCAUUGAAGAUGCGGAUCUCGAAUCUGAGGGCUACGAGGUUCGGAUUCAAAACAAUGCCAUCACCAUCGCAGCCCCAACUCCCUGUGGACUUCUUCAUGGUGUCGCCACCCUCAGACAACUCCUAGGUGUUGCGUUGGCCGAUGGACUUAUCUCGGUGCCAGCACAGCUUAUCCGAGACAAGCCGCGCUUUUCACACCGAGGCCUAAUGCUGGACGUGGGGCGGCAUUUUUUUAGUGUGGAUUUCAUCCUUCGGCUUCUUGACUGGAUGUUUUUGUACAAGCUGAACACUUUCCAUUGGCAUUUGACGGAUGAUGAAGGCUGGCGCUUUGAGGUGCAAUCGCUUCCGAACCUGACGCUUUACGGCUCCUGGCGCGGACGUGGGGAGGUAAUUGAGCCGCAGUACGCGGGCGGACCGCACCGCUAUGGGGGUUUCUACAGCCAGUCACAGAUUCGAGAUGUUGUGCAGUACGCAAAGGAGCGAGGAAUCACGAUUAUCCCAGAGAUCGAUGUCCCGGGACACUGCUAUGCUGCCAUCAAGGCCCUUCCAGAGCUUUUGGGGCGCAGUGUAGAAAGGCAGAACAAGCCCAAGCCCGUGAGUGUCCAAGGCUUCCGGGGCAACGUUCUAAACCCGGUCGCAGCUGAAACCUACAAGUUCCUGGAAGCUGUUUUGACGGAAGUCGUGGAGCUCUUCCCUGGACCAGUUCAUGUGGGAAUGGACGAGAUCCCUCGGGGUGCUUGGAGCGAGAAUGUACACGAGGAGGAGGAAAUCAAAGCUGGUCUCACCCUCUGGCUGCAGACCUUUCUAGCCAAGCAUGGUCGCUCCAUGAUGGCAUGGGAGGAGGCCUUCACUCCAGGGACGGCGAUCGAUCCCGACACUGAGCAGCGGCCGGCAGCCUUUGCUUGGAAAGAGGACGAACGCUUUGCGGUUCGGGCAGCAAACGCUGGGCUCGACGUCGUUCUUUGCCCGGCGCAUUUCCUUUAUCUCGACAUUGUUCAGAGCUUGAGCUACGAGGAGCGGGGGCUCUACUGGGCCGCCCCGGCGCUUCCUUUGCAGCGUGUCUAUGACUACGAGCCCAUAGAGCGUUUGCGGCGCAUGGGGCUCGAGGAGUCUGCUUUGGGGCGGAUCCGUGGGCUGCAGGCGAAUCUCUGGACGGAGACCGUGGACUCCGAGGCAAGAGCAGAGGAGAUGCUCUUCCCGAGACUCCUUGCUGUUGCUGAAGUCGCCUGGACGGAGCCAACACAUCGCGUCUGGGAGAAUUUCAAGUGGUCGCUCGCGGCGACUUCCUCCGAGUUGCCCCACGAAUCUGAUUCGGCAGCAGAGCCAGAAAAUCGAGAAGCUUGGAUGGCCAAGUACCAGGAGUACCUGGUCUCUGUCUUCUGUACUUCCAGCAGCCAGGUGGAGGCAAAGGAACAGAAGGACCAUGGAUGGUGGGGCACGCUUCUUUUGGCAGCAUUUCAGUUCUGUCCACCAGCCUGGACGAUCCCCUCGCUGGAUGAAGUUACCAUCGAGCGGCGCCUGCCCCCGCACUUGCGCCCUCUGAGGCCCCACGAGGCCUUGGACAUGCCCAGGUUCUCCAGGCUGUUGUGCAGGUUGUGCACGCAAGCUGAAGGAGGUGAAGGGGACAGUCACAAGGUGACACGCUUCCGCCUAGACGGCCGUUGCGGAAACAGGAUUAUGUCGGUACCCGGCUUACUCGCGAGCUUGGCGUGCCCUAUGGCCGCAAGCCGUGCCCGCAGGGAAGUACAUGGACUUGCCGUCGAUGCUAUUCGGAAGAGCCAAUUCUUAGAGCGCCCCCUUCAACUGCACCAUCUGGCCUUGCUGGAAUGGGCCGGGGCAGAGUGGCAUCAGCCAGACGGCUGGGGCCGAAGCUCCAUGCACAGCCUGUGUGCCGGGACGUAUCUUCGUGUAUUUACAGGCGGAGGUGGUGAUGCUUCGCCCUUCCGAAAUUCUUUACAAGGUGCACGUGCCCGCUAUCUCUCCCGCCGAACGCGUGGGUGGGAGGCCGCAGAAGAUCAGCACGGACUUACAGCCCUGAACUAUCUCCUGCCACCACUGCAGCCCAGCAGCUGCGCGUGCGCAGGUGCUGCCCAGUGGGAAGUUUUUCAAUCGUUGGCGGGGAGCUUCGUAAACUCAUUCGAACAGCUGGAGGUGAUCACUCCGCUGGCUCGAGGAGUUGUGUCGCCGACGGCCUUGAACUGGGUUAGCUCGGCGAUGAGCUUCCAAUGCGACUCCUGGCAGGUUGUUGCUGUUGCGGAUGGCAAGGAUGGUGUGGAAGGGCAGUUGCAGGAUGCUGAGGCUGCCGAGGCUGCCGAGGAUGCCGCAACCGAGCAAGCCACCGUAGCCGGAAAAUCCUUGCAAUCCAUGGUGCUGCAAUCGUAUGGUUGUGCCUUCGUGGAGUGCCGUCUGAACCUCUUACAGGCCCGGGCAGCUGCGGUGACUGCGCUAGUCCCACUUGUGCAGCUGCGGCUUCUACGCGCCGCUGCCGCUUCCCGUUCGUGGUCACGCCGCGCGAGUUCCGAAGGCCUGGCUCAUGCAGCUCUUAUGGCCCACUUUGGCCAGCUCCUCGAGGAUGCUGGCAGCGAGUGGACGAAGCGAAAGUCCGGAUACGAGAAGAGGCUUACUCUGCUUGAGUUCGAACUGGGACGAACGACAGCCUUUCCGCCUCCUGUGGCUUGCUCGAAGCCGAGUUGCCGACCAAAGGAGGCCCCAGCUGAAGCAUCCGGGUUCCAGGAUGAACAGGCCUUCUCACAGCCGGGGCGCGCCAGAGCCCAAGCCUUCCUGGAGCGGCUCCGGCAGCGGCGCUUGGCAGAGGCUGCCGACUCAUCUCUGGGCGCACUGCAGGCUUCGGCGCAGAAGACUCAGGUGGCUUUGAGUGCAGCUGUGGACCGUCUCGCGCAAGACUUGUACGAACUCGAGGGCCACUUCGUGUUCGAAUUGGUUCAGAAUGCCGAUGACAACAAGUACUCCAAGGACGUGGAGCCUGAACUGUCCAUGUCGCUGCAGACUGACGGUUCUGGUUCGUAUUUCAUGACCAAAAACAACGAGCUUGGUCUGCGGGAAAGCGAUGUGAUGGCCAUGUGCGACAUCAAUGCGAGCUCCAAGUCGUCGGGGUGCAUUGGCAAGAAGGGCAUUGGCUGGAAGAGCACUUUCGCAGUCUCGCAGUGUCCGCACGUUCUCUCCGGCGACUUCACGUUCAAGUUUGAUGUUGGCGGACCUUUGGGAAAGCUCGCCUAUGUGACUCCAACUUGGCUAAAGGAUUCCGAGCUGGAGAAGCUGCCCAAGCCAGUGCAAGAUGCACACAAGAGUGGGGGGACGGUCAUCUACCUGCCGCUCCGAACCGGGUCAGACAGCAUCGCAGAGGCAUUCGAUCGAUUGUGCCAACAUCAUGUCACACUUUUGUUCUUGAAGCAGCUUCGCCACAUCCAGUUGGAGUAUCCCGGCGGGAACACCGUUUGCCUGGAACGACUUGAGAGAGCCGGGCUGGUGCAGUCCAUAAGCGUGCUGGGGUCUCAUGAGCCAGCAGAGAGCCAGGAGGAAAAGGAAGCCAAGGCGUUCCAGUACAUGGUUCAUCCCUUCGAGGUCGAAGGUGUGGACCCUGGUGGCCCAGUCGUGUUGAGGUUAGUUUUCCCCACAGCUGAUUGCCCACCUCGAAUGUCUGUUCAUGUUGGCCUUCCAGUUCGCUGUGUGGGCUUUCACUUUGCCGUCGAUGCCCCGUUCGACUUGGUCGCCAGCAGGGCGGAUCUGCACGAAGGCAGCACGGUCAACCAGAUCCUUUGUAAUGCCAUCCCACAAGCGUUUGGAGAUUUUCUGGCCGGACCUGGGCGUGAUGUCAGUUGUCAGGCAAUGAGGUUUGUGGGCUGCGAGGCUGCUCCCAGACCAAUUUGGCAACACGUUCGAACCAAGCUGGUGGAUUCGCUGCUGCGGGUUGCUUGCAUCCGGACAGAGCAAGGGGCAGUCGCGAAACCAGAGGAAUGUUUUGAGCGGCCGCAGCACCCUCUGCGCCUGGCAGCAUCUCAGCUGAUUCCAGCCAAGCUCCUACAGCUCAGCUGUGGCCGAAGCUUUGCAUCCUCCAGCUCUGUGGCGACAGUUGGUGUUGGCGCAGGGGUUCUUGAAGUUUUUUCAUUGGAGCAUUGGAUCAAGGUGCUGAAAUAUCGUGGAUCCUCCUGGCCUAGUGGUCUUGUGGGCAGCGCUGCCCAGACGGAGGAUCCUUGCGAAUUCUUUGUGCCUUUUUGCGCGUGGCUGGACAUGGAGUUGAGAGAGGCAGAGCAGCCCAGUCAGCUGCUCGCUCAAGUCUGGGACGUUGACCUGCUGCCGGCUUUCCGCUCACGUACGCCUUUACGCAUCAGCGAUGGUCCAAUCUUUUCUCGCCCGUGUGUGAAGAUUCGGGCAGAUUGGCAGGGUUUUUUGUCCGAGGUGGGAUUGCUCAAGUUUGUGGAGCCGCGGGUACGCCUGGCACUGCAGAAUGCAACGCCGCACCUGAUGGAAUCGUUGACGAUGGGUAUGCCCAGCCGCCCCGAACUGGCAGCUCUCUGCAUAUCCUGGCACCUGACCUCCUUCAAUGGGCUCGGUGUGACAGCAGAGCCGACUCCAAUGAGAGCUCUUUUGGCAAGCCUUGCGUGCUUGAAGGAAACGUUCCUGAGUGAUGAGCUUCCAGAGGGAAGUCGACUUGGUCUAGACUUGCCGCUACCUUUACCGAAGGCAGAUCCGGAAGCGAGACAGGCUUGGUGGAGAGAGUUGGGCACCUGGCUAUGGUUGCCAGGCCUCCAGAUGACCAGCAAUGCUCGUUUGAGUUUGCGGCGCCCGCAGAAGCUGCAGAGUAGUUCGUACCUCGGCUUUACCUGCGCUGAUGAGUCGCGGCCAUCAGAUGCAGCCGUCGUUCAAGAUAUUUUCAGCCAAAAGACAUGGGGCGAAUACGCCCUGGGAUGGGAGGCUUUUCUUCAAGCUAUUGGCGUGCAAAAUUUUCAGCCGGCGGAAGCUGAGCACACAAACGACCUGGCAUCAAGGCUUGGUGCGAGCCUCUGUGCACAGGAGUGGUGGUCUGGCCUGCUGAAGCGUGGGCUGCGAGCGCAGGCCUACGUUUCUCGCCGCUGCCGCGGGGCUGACGAUGCUGAGUUAUAUUGGCUUCGGACCUUGCCCAUUGCUGUACAAGUGGAUGCCCCCAAGGGUCAAGGUUCGCUGAAGGACCGCAAGAUGCUUCGCAAGAUCCACUUGCAAGAUUUGUUCUUGCAUGACGUCUACGGCAGGCUGGGUGGGCAGUACCUGCACUAUGUCCGUCUUCCUGGAUCCCCGGGCUCCACGACACAGCCUGCAGAGGAUGAACUAGUUCGCAGCUGCUUGCAGCGUCUCGGUGUCCAGGUGGAGCUUUCUGCCGCAGGAUUGCUCCGAAGUUUGCGCCUCCUGAGGGACGAAGGUCGAUGUCAGAACAUCGAGGUAUAUGCGGACAUCUACAAGGAAGUGGCCUCCGAAUUCGGAUCAAGCGCAGACGGUGGGUUUCCGAAUCUCCGGGAAGCUCUCUCGGAACUGGUGUUUGUGCCUCUGCAGUUCAGACAUCUUGAGGAGUGCACGUGGGAAGAGGAUGGGGAGAUCCAAUGGUUGACGCAGGUGCCGUCCCUUUCAGCACACUAUCUCAGGUACGGGCCGAGCGUUCGGCGUUACUUCCUGGAUGUGUUGGGGAUGCCGGAGAGGCAUCCUGGCUUUGCCCCCGGAGCUUUGCUGACAGCUUUGCGAAAUCUGGUGAAGCACGUGGAGGACGCGCUUUCCAGCUCUACUCCAUCGGAAAGCCUCCAGCACACACCGACAACUGCCCGCGGCUUGCUCGAGUCAAUGACCACUUUGGCAAGCAAAGUCUACAGCAGCCUGGCGAAGGCCUGCAGGGCAAGUUCGGUUACGUGGCAUGCGGACGUGCGUCGUGCGUUCUCCCAAGAGCGCCUGCUCUUGCUUCCACCUCUGGAGCUUCCUGAUCUGACUACGCAGAACCCGCUGCGAAGGGAAGCUACGCAUGCUCAGGGACGGAGCAACAUGAGCCGGCAAGAUCAGCAACGCACGAGGAGCUCCUCUGCGACCUCAUCUCUGCCGGCUCCUGAUUCAUCCAGGCGGCACAGACCCAAGCGGUUGUACACCAAGGAAUCUUGGUGGGAGGUGGAGGACGAGUUGAAGGAGACGAAGGCGACCAACCUGAAUCUUCGCUCGCUGUAUGGCGGCAUCCACGACGCUGAGUUCCUUUUUUUGCGUGUGAUUGGCAUCAGGAGGUUGGCCUCGCGUGGUGAUGUGGUACAACGGCUGCGCGAGAGCAUGAGUUCUCCGGGCCCUCUAAGCAACUGGACCGAGGGAAUCGACAUCUCCGACUUGGAGGAGCUGGAGAACAUCCAGACCAGUAGCUACUUCCGUCCUGCAGAUUGGCGUGCGCCAGGAGAGGAGGACGAUGCUGCCAAUGAUUCCGGCCAAGAAGCUCCGACUGAGCGCGUCUCAGCCAGCUUCAGACCGCCGCAAACAACGGGCUCCGCUCACCCGCCCGCCUGGAGAAGCCCGGAAGCAGCCCGCGACGCCGAAGAUCGUGCCAACGCUGCUCUGCGGGCCGAUGCAGCGCGGAGGGAAGCUGCAGAAACUGCUGCCAGGGCAAAGGCGAAAGCGAAGGCUGCAGCGACCACCGCUGAAUCAAGAGGUAGUGAGGCGCAGCCGUCGCAGUCGGAGCUUGCAGAGCGGCCCAGGCAGCGCUUCAGCUGGCAGCGGUACCGAGAGGCGCGCACGGAGGCGCCCCACUGGGGCGCGCCUGCGGAGUCUUCCCCCCCGCCGGAAGCUGCUGGCCCGGCUGGCCCCUCUGCUGGGGUGCCUCCGCCUCCUGCGGAGUCUUCGCGGCACUCGGAGCCCGGCGGGCCCGGAUCGAAGCCCGCGCCCAUGACAUGGUCACGCCUGCGAGCGCAGCAGGCCUGUGACGAGCAGAAUGCUCAGCGGAGGCAGUCCGAGCCGACGUUUGAAGAUGGCAGGCUAGAAGGCUCUUGGACAAGAGAACCAAGGACAUCGUUGCGCGGCACACGUGCUUCUGCAUGGGCGUCUUUCAGAUCUGCCGAAAGCUUUCAGGCCCAGGAGAACCAGGACGUUCCGCAUCGUUCUGACCAUGCAGACAGUCACGAAGAUGCAGACGCCCUGCAGCUGCGGCUGGCCGCCCUGCGAGCUGCUGCACAGUGCAGGAAGACCGAAGUGGAGGAUCUUCGCAGAGAGCGUCAAAGCGUCGAGGAGACGACCCAACGAUAUUUGCGCAUACUCCAGGAUUUCCAGAGCAGCAUGUGA